AUGGCGUUUGAAAACAUCAACGUGCUGCUCUCGUCCUUCCCUGGACUCUCAUUGCCACCCACGCUCUCGUUCUCAAUCCCGUCUACCUCGACCGUGAUUGAUCUCACAGAGAAGAUAGACUCAUAUCUGCCCGAGUCGCUGAAGCGCGCUGCACCGGGUCUUGCUCUCACAACAACUUCCAACAAACAGCUACUUCCAUUCUCCAACACCCUUGUCUCAUCCUAUCUCCCAACCACCCAACAUGCAUCAAGUCUCGAAUCUACCUUCCUCCCCCUCCGUCUCUCGGUUCCUCUACGAGGAGGCAAGGGAGGGUUCGGAUCCCAGCUGCGCGCCGCCGGCGGCCGCAUGUCCAGCAAGCGCAAGCGCAACCAAGGCGACAACAAUGGCUCGAACCGUAAUCUCGACGGACGGCGCCUGCGCACCGUCAACGAGGCCAAGGCUCUUGCCGAAUACCUCGCAGUGAAACCCGAAAUGGAUCAAAAGGAGAAAGAAGAGCGCCGACGGAGGUGGGAGGCCAUCGUCGAGAUGGCGGAAAAGCGCACCGAUGAGAUCAAGAACGGUGGCGGGAAGAGCAAGUUGGAUGGCCAGUGGGUUGACGACAAGGAAGAAGUGAGCGAAAAGGCCCGCGAGGCUGUUCUCGCGGCAAUGAAGGAUGGCAUGUGGAAGGAUAACCUGCGUGAUAUUCUGAUGGGUGGCUCGAGUACGAGUGCCAGUGAGGGCUCAAGCGGGGAGGAGAGCGAGAGUGAAAGUGUGGAAGACGAAGAAGAGGAAAAAGAAGCUGCUGAUGGCCCUUCUAAUUCUCAGCCUAAGCCUGCUGCUCCGUCGCGAAGGUUUAUCGGCUUUGACGAAGACGACGAGUUUAUGAGCAGUGACGAGGAGGAGGAGGAGGAGGAGGAGGAAGAGGAGGAUGUAAAAGGAAAAGGAAAAGCACGCGCAUGA